AUGGCUGACAACAGCUCCCCGGACUACAAAUCUCUCUAUCUGCAGGCGGAAGAAAGACGAAAGCAGGCGGAAGAACGCAACCAACAAACCUCUUUCACGGAGCUCUUACAGCAUUGCCAUAAUAUUCUCUCCCGCCAGUUAAGAGUCGAGACACCGUCUCGCUCAACCACUGGCAAAAUACCCCUUCCGACCGGAAAGUUUUGCCCCACUCGAUUGAAACAUUGGGCCGAUUGCCCAGAGCAGCUACUGAGGAUCUACAGGUCUGUCUGCCAAUAUCUACAGCCAGAGCCAGAGCGGGCGCAACGCUUAUUUUCGUCUCUACCGGAGCUAGAAGGAUUUGGCCGUCGAUUUGCCCGCAAGCCCCUCAGUAGUGAGCAAGAUCUUGAGGCUUACGAGCGGUUUGGGGUGGAAGAGCAUGUCCACGAUAUAAUAGCCGAGCUAUGCAAAAUACCAGCGGCAUGUGACGAGUUCGGUCUCGGUGAUGGAAUUCAGUUCAGCAAUCACACCCAUUCUUUGAGCAGGGACGAAACCUUUGAAGCAGAUGCAAGUCAGCUGUCAAGCACACCUCACCCACGACCAGACCAGUUUUGCAUCCAUCGAGUCGACGGCAAUACGAAUACCCUCCUGACGACCGUUGAGUACAAGCCGCCUCAUAAGCUGCCUGUCGCAGCUCUUCGCAUGGGACUACGACCAAUGGAUCUUUGGAAGACAAUGGUUAGAUCAAAUAAAAUACCCACGGAUCAGGAUGCAAAGCUGAGGUAUAAUGCGGAGCGGCUAGCUUGCUCUGCUGUGGUCCAAGAAUACCAUGCGAUGUUCGAAGAAGGAUGCGAAUAUUCCUUUGUAACAAAUGGACUUACCCGUAUCCUACUUCGUGUUCCUGAAGACGAACCCACCACGCUCUAUUACUUUUUCUGCGAUCCCCACAGCGAAGUGGACCCAGCAGGCGAUAUCACUUCCCAGCUAUCGAAGACCUCUGUUGCAAGGGUAUUAUGCCUCUGUUUAAUGGCAUUCCGAUCACCCACCCGUGGGCAAGAGUGGAGAAAUCGCUGGCGGCCCGAUCUUCAUACAUGGGAAACAAGCUUUGAACACACACGUUCCCAAAUUCCAAGCAAAGAAUUAGAGCAGAUUCCCCACUCCGAUAGCACAAACCCAGAGUUUCCAAGUCCUGAGUCUGGUUCAUCCUAUAAGCUACCCUCAUCAUCCCCGCUACCGUCUCCCUCAGAUGGCCGUCGAGUGCCUACACGAUCUCAAAGCCAUUGUGCACCUUGGGAGACCCGACCACGCUCACAGUCACCUAACUCGUCCGGCUCCGACACAAAUCAAACAGCUGGCCACAAGCGGCGAAUCAGUCAAGUCACGCCUUCACCGUCCGCACGGCGAUCGGGUCAACGACAGGAGUCAGGGCGUGACCAAGAAGACCAUUCUCGACGCCGCGCUGCACAAUUUUGCACGCAGCGAUGUUUACUCGGCCUACAGACUGGGGCGUCCUUGGACAAGCUGUGUCCAAACGUAAACCAUCAUCGUGAGGGUCAGAACGAUCCAAGCCAGCAUCCUAUCUCGAUUGGAGAUCUAAUGGUUUCAUUGAAAAGCCAAUUGGACGAGAAUAUCGAUCGUUGCAUUCCUCUUGGUGGUUGUGGCUCCUAUGGUGCUCCGUUCAAACUGACUUGCACGAAAUAUGGUUACACGGUUAUCGGUAAAGGCACCACCUCGGAGUUGUGGAAGGAAGUUUUCGGCGAAGCGCAGGUAUAUCAGAUCUUGCGCAAGGCUCAAGCAUCUGCCGUGCCUGUAUUUCUGGGAACGAUUGAUUUAACAAAAAUCUACUUUCUCCAUGGCGCUGGACAAAUCCGCCAUAUGCUCGUCAUGGGCUGGGGAGGUGAAAGCACAGCGACGAUGGACCUGACGCCGCGACUUCGCCGCGAAAUUCACAAAUCGAACAAGGAAAUCAAAGCUCUCGGAAUAAUACACGAGGACCUCAGACGAGAUAAUGUUCUUUGGAGCGAAGAGCUCGGGCGUGCUUUAAUCAUCGACUUUCACCGCUGUCGACUAGCUAAGCAGCGACCGGGCGCCGCAAAACGACGGCUAUGUCAAGCAGAGGCAGCAGAUGUGAAACGCAUCCGUGUGUUAUGA